AUGUCCCUCACUGGAAAGGUUGCCCUAGUCACAGGCGGUGCGAGAGGAAUCGGUGCGGGAAUAGUUCGUGCUUUAAGCGAACAAGGAGCAAAGGUCGCAUUCAACUAUGUUUCCCCAUCGUCACGCACAGCUGCAGAAUCUCUUGUCGAAUCCUUACGGAACGACGGCCAUAAAGCAUUCGGCAUACAGGCCGAUCUGGCCGAUAUCAAGGCCCCAGCGACCCUUGUCUCCGCGGUUUUGUCUGCGUUUCAAACCACCCAGAUCGAUAUCCUCGUCAACAAUGCCGGAGCGGGCGACAACAGACCCCUAGAAGAAGUAACUCUUGAAAGCUAUAACAGGCUCAUGGAUAUCAACGUCCGCGCUGUGGUCUUCAUGACCCAGGCAGUUCUGCCUUACAUCCCCCGCGGUGGCCGCAUCAUUAAUCUCUCAUCCAUCUCCGCGAGAGGCGGCUACCCAACACAGUCUGUCUACGCGGCUACCAAAGCCGCCGUUGAGGGUCUCACCCGCGUAUGGGCUACCGAGUUGGGUCACAAGUAUGGUGUCACAGUCAAUGCUGUGAACCCGGGCCCUGUCGAUACCGACAUGUACCAGGCUGCCGGACCAGUCCAUCUCGCCAGGAUGGAAGAGCAGAACAAGAAGGUACCUGCCGGUCAGCGAUGCGGCACGACUCAGGAUAUUGCGGAUAUUAUUACGUUUUUGGCGGAGGAAAGAUCGCGGUGGGUCACGGGGGAUGUGAUCUGUGCGAAUGGCGGUAUGCUGUAUACUUGAUAUUGUGAAAAACACCUUUUCCCAUAUUGAAAAAGCUUCUACAAUAUAUCUCAAUUCUACUCAACCAAAACAUCUACAUGGCGUUAGGGCAGUGCCUUGAACAUCUGAUUCCUAACAACAUAUAUCUAUAUCACAUAGAUGAGCCGAACUUCAAGCCGAAGGGUAUUCAGUCUGUUAAAUAUCUGCGGUCCAUCGGUACUAGUAUAGAGU